AUGAUCAGCUCCUUCCCCAGUCGAAGCAGCAUAAGUCCAUUUCGAAAAAGCUUUAAUUUGGACAGAGAUGAAGCUGUUACUACGGAGAGUAAUACUAAAAAGCCUAAGAGACAAUCAUUGAGAAUCAUCACUGGUGUAGAUUCUCAUCAAUCAAACUCAUCUAUCAGCUCACCCUCUCGUGUUCGUCAAAGACUAUCCUCUUUAUUCCGUUCAUCAUCUCCAGUCGUCAUGACAUUGAAGGAGACAUUUAGUAAUAGCAACCUCAGUCAAGAUCAUUCGUGUCAGACAAAGAGACAAGCAUCCUUCUCCACUGUAUCAUUUGCUUCGGUUGCUGAGCAAUCGCAAGAACAACCACCGACGCUAUUACAAUCUCUCGGUGAUAACAACUCCAGCACAACGCUUAGCUCUUCAUCAGAAGCUUCCGAUCACAUGCCUGCAUCUCCCGCAGAUGGGGCUGCUACAACCGCUGCUAAUACAUUCACCCACCAUCAUCGCAAUAGCAAGAGUAUCACAGACCCAUCCUUUUGGCAGCCUCAUUCUAUCAAGAGCAACAUGAUGUCACUUUCAUAUGAGGCGCCACCACCUAGCCCUCCGCCUCAUAAAGAGCAUCAGCCAUCAUUGGCAUACCAAGUACAUCAAAUCCUGGGUUCAGCAUUGGAUGAAGUGGAUGAGGAAAUUGAGCAGGAUUGGGAAGAUAGCCGUAAUAAAUUACGCCAAUCGCUGCUUUUACCAAAGACGUGUGAACGCAUUUACUAG